UCUGCUUCAGUUCGGCUGCACCCGAAUAUGCGCACUUCUCUAUUAUUAGUCCGCAAAAAAGCAGUUUAUAGAGUGUCUGAGUGCUCAGGAGGCUUUAAACAGGAGUCGAACGAUACAUUUUUAUAUCAAAACCAAGCGCUGCUGGAAAAAGGAAACAAAAAUGAUACAGUUAACAACUUCAAAGACAACUUUACCAUCUGUAAAUGCUGGAAGAAAUAAGAGAGGAGUCCAUGGUCUGGAGGCUGCUUUAUGAUGUGGUGAAGUUGGGGGUCAGUUUCAGCAGCUCCUGGUGCUCAGGAGAGAAGCUUUUUGGUUUGAUUUUGUUAAAGAAUAAGCACCAGGUCAUCAUCACUUUGUGGAAAGCUCGCGUAAUGAUACUGAGUUUAAUGAGAGCUUAAAAUUAAUGUUGGGUUAAAUUCGUGAACUUUUUUUUUUUUGCGCAUCUUUUAUUUGUGUAAAGACGAGUGAAGGCGGCUGAAGGUUCCAGGAUUAUACCAUGGAUAUCCAUGGAUCAUACAUCACGAGGACUGUUUUAUUCGGACUGUUUAUUCUCUUAAAAGGAGCAGUUUGCACAUCUGGAUACACCUUUAACGGUGUGAUCAGACACUUUGCUGUGGGGAACGACAAGGUGUUUGUUGCUACCGACUCUCGGCUCUAUCAGAUGAAGCACGAUCUCGUACAGGAAAAGAUUAAAGACAUAAAAAGGUUAAACAGCAGCUACCACAACGCAGUGAGCAUCUUGUUACCUUUCGAGAAGAACGCAAGUGUGAUCAUCUGCGGCAACUCAGACUGCGGCUACUGCGAGGUCCUGGAUAUAACCGAUAUAACCCGAACCAUCUACAGGGAGGAAGCCCUGCCGAUUGGACAACUUAUCAAUGAAUCCUCUGUUGCGUUCUUUGUUGAUUAUCCAAAGUUUGAUAACCUUGCAUACAUCUUGGUGGGGAGAGACAAUAAGGAUAAGGAUGGUGUGGAGCAUGAAUGUGUAGUUUUCGAUAAUGGUGUGACAUUGCUCAACACUCACCAAAGUCAGCGAGGUGGCAUUUUUUCUCAACUUGACUCAACUGCAGUUGAAGCCAACAUUAAAAUUCCUGAUGUUGAGUGGGUCGACGGUUUCCAGGUACCUUCACAGUUUCAGUCCUACCUCUUCGCCAACACUGGGUGGAGAUCAAGCAGCCCAAAGAAAGUGGUUUUAUUCAAGAUGGAUAACAACAAUAAAAAAUCAGAAAUGACAAAAUCUUUGAAAGUUGCGACUUUAAGCUGCUGUGAGGGCCAAGCUCCCUCAAAACUUGUGUCUUCUACUUUUAUCUUGUUUGAGUCUUCUCUUUUAUGGAUGGGAAUAUUCAGUGCAGAACAACCACACAAUCCUGAGAACAACACUGCUUUGGCUAUUUACAACAUUACUGGCAUCAAACUUGAGGAUCCUCCUCAAGAAAUCACAUGUAACCCAUUAUGUGGCUCUCAGAAAGAUAACGGAAAGCCUGCUGUACCACUUGCUGUGGUAUUCAAACACAAUUCAAUGACAUCUGUGGCAGCGAGAAGGAAAGGGUCUUGGACUGCGCUGUACAUUGGAACGGCAAAUGGGCAACUGAUAAAGCUUGUGCUAGACAGAAAUUACAGACCUGGCUGUGUACAAGUGCUAUACAGAUCUGAUGAUGACAGGAUGGUGUUUCCCAGAAUGCACUUUGACCCACUGGAUCAUAAUUACAUCUACAUAGCUUUGAGAAAUCAGAUUAACCGUGUUGCAGUAACUCAGUGUGAUAAAUAUAAGACAUUGAGAGACUGUAUUAGCAGCAUGGACCCUUUCUGUGGCUGGUGUGGGAUCAACAACAGAUGUUGUAUACAGGAGGAAUGUCCAGGGUCACCUUGGAUCUCCAUUUCUAAAGAUGGUUUUCAGAAAGAGCUGGUUUCCUUUCAGGUGGUUUCUGUGACCCCUGGAGAGAUCAAUCUGAAUCUACACCUGUACCUGGAUGCCACAGAAAGUCUUCCCUUGACAUGUACAUUCCAGGCCGGAAAUGUGGUUCUGUGUAAUAUGUCCAGUCCAGUUCCCAAAUGCUCCUGCAAUUUCUCUGAAAAGCGACUAUCUUCUGAUGGACUCUCUAUUAACGUGAGGGCCAAUAUCAGCAGUCAGACUUUCAUAGAGACCCUGACAGUGAGGAACUGCCCAAAAAUCACAGAGAAUGUGAAGUCAGAUGCUCAGUGUGCAGCCUGUGUCUCAGCUGGGUGUUAUUGGAACAGCAGCAGCAGGAAUUGUACCUGGAUUCCUGUAUCUGCAAUGAAUGAAUCCAUACAAGACAUAUGCAGCAAAUCAUCCUCUGAGGGAAACUACACGCCAGAGAUCCUUUCUCUGCAGCCAAAUGAAGUGUCCUUUCAUGGCAAAAACAAUGCCGAGAUAAAGGGAAAGAAUCUGGAACUGGUUAAAAGAAUUCGCUUCCAAGGUUAUAUGGAGUGCGCUUCAAAGGAGAAAUCAGUGUUGGAGCGCUCUGCGGACACCCUGAAGUUCCAUAUUCCUGAUGGAAACAAAGGAACCGCGAAGGUGUGUGUGGUGACAGAAGAUGGACGCUGUCAUAGUAGUGCCAUCGUUACAUAUUAUUCCCCGCCCACCUGUACUGAACUGCAGCCUGGAGUCACCUGGUCCAGUGGUGAGAGGAAGAUUCACGUGUCGGGGAGCAAUUUAAAGUUUGUGGAUGCAGUCGAAAUUCAUACAUCUUCCAGUGAGAGCUUCCACAGCCAAGACAACAAGACCUUUUGGUUUCGCACUCCUAAUCAAAGAAAAUUCAGCGAUGCUGGGCCAUUCACUGUCUCACUUAGGGUGGUGAACUCAACAGUGGACUGUCCAGUUAAUCUCAUUUACCAACCAGACCCAGAAUUCACCAGCUUCACUACCUCUAAAGUGGGCAAUGACGUGCUGGUCACCAUACAGAAAACGGAGGACUUAUUGAAUUUGACUAAAGCGGAUCUAAACGUGUGGGUCUCACAGGACCAAAAACGGUUUGAGUGUAUAAUAGAGGUAGUUGAGCCCACUGUUGUGAUCUGUAAGAUUUCAGGAGCUCAGGAUAAUAAAAUCAACGUGGACUCACUCAAGAUAGAGUUUGGCAAGGCUCCUGGAAUUGAACUGAGAGCAGGGGGUAGUAUGCUAUAUCUAUAUAUCACACUUGCCACAUUAAUCAUUUUGAUUCUUCUUGGUGCUGUUGCUGGAGUAUUUAUCCACCGUAAGAGCCAGCAGCGGAUGAAUACACAAAUGAAUAAACAUCUGGAAACGCUGGAGAAUGAAAUCAGAAUGGAGAUCAGACAAGGAUUUGUGGAUUUGCAGACAGAGAGUUCAGAUCUGGUUGAAAGUGUUGGCGCCAUCCCUUACCUUGAUUAUAAACAUUUUGCAUUGAAAAUAUUCUUUCCUGAGGGGGGUCCUUUAGCAAACAAGAUGAUCAAAGAAAUUGGCCAGGAUGCGGUGAAUGCAGGGAUGGAUGAGAAAUGCAAAGCUUUAUCUGCAUUGAUUCGAGAUCAGACAUUCCUCACAUGCUUUGUCCAUACUCUGGAGGAGCAGAAGAGUUUUACCUUAAAGGACAAGUGUACAGUGGCAUCGCUGUUGACUGUAAUCCUGCAUAGUGACCUGCCAUACCUCACUGAGCUGAUGGAGGAGUUACUCAAGAGUCUGAUGGAUCAGCCCACGAAUGCUCAGCCCAAACUCCUGCUACGCAGAACAGAGUCUAUUGUUGAAAAACUUCUCACCAAUUGGAUGUCCGUCUGCCUCUACGGCUUCCUUAGAGAAUCAGUUGGUCAGCCACUCUUUCUGAUGGUAUCAGCUCUAAACCAGCAGAUUUCUAAAGGGCCAGUAGAUGCAGUGACUGAGAAAGCUCUGUACACAUUAAAUGAAGACUGGCUCCUGUGGCAGGCUCAGGGCUUCAACUUCAGUCUGCUGAAGCUGAAGGUGCUGUUUGCUGUGGGUACGGAGGGAGAAGUGAGUGAACCACUGGAAGUCAACGUCCUGACAUGCGAUACAAUAGAUCAAGUGAAGAGCAAGAUCCUCCAGACCUUCCAAAGCAAGUUCGGCUUCCGAUAUACUCAACAACUCAGAGAAAUUGGCAUAGAAUAUAUGAAGGAAGGAAGUUAUGUGCCACUGGAGGAAAUAGAUGAAAGCUCAGAGGUGCAGGGGGAGGUGACUAUGCUGAACACACUGAAGCAUUAUGAAAUCCCAAAUGGGGCUUGCAUUAAAGUAAUCACCAAAAAGCUUCAUGCCCCUCUUAGUCCACAGACUAGUCUGAAAGAUGACCAGAACUUCACUACAAAGUACUUCCACUUGAUUGACCCAGACAUUGAUGCAGACCAGAGCGAACACCCAGAGAGGAAGAAACUGAAGCUCAAAGAGAUUUAUCUCACCAAACUACUGUCCACUAAGGUGGCAGUGCACUCCUUUGUGGAGACACUCUUUCGGAGUAUCUGGGGAAUGCCCAACAACAAAGCUCCCUCAGCAGUGAAAUACUUCUUUGAUUUCCUCGAUUCACAAGCCGAGAAGAAAAAGAUCAUGGAUCCAGAUGUUCUUCACAUCUGGAAAACAAACAGCCUGCCACUGCGCUUCUGGGUGAACAUUUUGAAGAACCCCAACUUUGUGUUUAGUGACCUUGAAAAGACACCUCUCCUGGAUGGUUGCCUGUCUGUCAUAGCUCAAGCAUUCAUGGACUCCUUCUCCCUCACAGACCAUCAGUUGGGCAAGCACGCACCAACCAAUAAGCUUCUGUAUGCAAAAGACAUUCCUCAGUAUAAACAGGAAGUGAAGACAUACUACAAGCUGGUGAGGGACCAGCCAUCUAUCAGCAGUCAGGACUUUAACGUGUUCCUGCAAGAAGAGUCAAAGAAACAUGAGAAUGAAUUCAGUGAACCUGCAGCGCUGCGAGAACUGUACAAAUACAUGGAGCGCUAUUUUACUGCGAUUGAACAACAGCUAGACCAAAAAGAUGCCUCCUGUAGACUGAAAGAGGAAAUGCAUCGUGUGAAGGAGCUUUUUGAAUGUGUGAAAAGAAGUGCAUGGCUCUGAACCAAUGUGCCUUCAGUACUCCCUAACGCCUGUCUUCUCCUGAGCCACACUCCCAAUACGUGUUUCAGCUUUUGUUGAGUUUAAACUUGAACCUUUGAACUGCAAUUUUCCUCUAGCUGUCAUCAAGAGCAGAAACACUAAUGUGGAGGCUGGAGCAUCUCUUAAAUACAUAUUCCUCACUACUGCACUAUGUAAGGAUCGAGUGAAUGUGUUUGAUUAAAAAUAAUUUUGACAUUAAUGUAAUAAUGCCUCCCAGUGCACAAAUCCUGUGUUUAACCAUAAUAAAACAAACUAAUGUAGUCCCAGAUAAGAGAAAGGAGAAAGCAUUAACAGCAUUAUAUUAACAAUGUUAACAUAAACUACUGUCUUACUGUACCAAUGAGCUAAAAUAUUCUGGCAAUGAAGUCUUUUCAAGCAAAAAUGUGUAAAGUGGUCCUGUAAAAUAGUGUUUGUAUCUUUAUAGUACAGCAUAAGGCUAUUUCUCACCUCAGUGCUGUGCUAAUGCCUUGCAAUAUUACAAUUUUAUUUUUAAGUGUGCAUUAGUCCUGUGUGAGUGCAGAUAAUGAAUAAACAUGAUAAUCAUGUAUAUCCUACAGAUACACAACAGUGUAAAUAAAAACAGGAAAUUCUUUUAAAAA